AUGUCGUAUGCGUACCCUAUUCCUUCGACUCCGCGAGUCAUCUCACCGUCUCCCACACCUUCCGAGUCCUCCGAGCGUCAAGACUCCUAUUUUGCGCCUGUCACACGAUCGGCCACCAAGGCUCAGCGACAGAGGUCCCCUCAACCAGAACCCAUACAUGAAGAGAAGGAUGGCUCUGGAUCAGACUCAAGUCUGGAGAAACGGGCAAGAGCGCGCUCCAGGAGUCCUAUCUUGACCACCACUUCUCAGAUGAACGGCUCCGCAACCGGCAGCAAGAGACGACGCAUGAGUGGUCUUACCUCGAUAAAAUCUGUUACCAAGUCAGAACCGCUCACUAAUGGCAACACCCCGUACCCUCAGUCCAACGGCCACCUGUCACCCUACGAUCGGGUCAAGAAGUCAUGGCGCGAAUUCUCUCGCUCUCCCUCACCGCUUGGGCUGAUUCCUCUCCACCGACAUUACCGCAACCUCAUUCACAAGCACGAAAUCCCCCGGAAACUCCUCCACGUCUCCAUCGGCUUCUUUACCCUGCGGUUUUAUGUCACGGGUGUGCAGACGUGGUCGAUUACCCCCUGGCUACUGGGCGCACUUGCCAUUAUCGGCCCCACCGAUAUCCUCCGACACCAUUCCGAAAGAUUUAAUAGAUUCUACAUCAGAGUCUUGGGCGCUCUGAUGCGGGAGACCGAGGUGGACGGAUACAAUGGUGUCAUUUGGUAUCUUGUUGGAGCGUACGGCGCUCUGAGAUUUUACCCCAAGGACAUCGGCGUUGUGUCCAUCUUACUCCUGUCCUGGUGCGACACCGCCGCGAGCACUUUUGGCCGAUUAUAUGGGCGCUACACUAUCCGCCUACGGAAGGGCAAGUCUCUUGCAGGCUCGUUGGCUGCCUUUCUCACGGGCGUGCUCACCGCGGUUUUCUUCUGGGGAUACCUCGCCCCGAGAACAGGACCAUUCCCUGACGACCCAAUCAACUCUUUUAUGUUUCAAAACAGGCUUUCCCUGCCCACCAGCGUGAAAGCAAUGCUGGGCUGGCAGCCCCAUCAAGGUGUUAUUGUCGGCAACACAGCACUUGCAGCCAUGAGCAUAUGCACGGGCUUUACUGCAAGUGUCUCCGAGUUCAUUGAUCUGUGGGGCUGGGAUGAUAAUUUGACAAUCCCGCUUAUUAGCAGUGCUGGUUUAUGGCUAUUCUUGAGAGCGUUUGGAUGA